AUGAUGGAGAAGGUAGACAUCAGAAACGAAAGUGUAGACCGGCCAGAUGGAUACAAGAUAGUGGGAUACUUUUCUAAAGAAAAGGUUUCUGAACAAGGAUAUAAUCUUGCCUGUAUUUUGACUCUUCCAUCGGAACAAAGAAAAGGCUAUGGAAAAGUUUUAAUAGAUUUUUCCUAUAUGCUCAGCAAAAAGGAAAAUUUAAUAAGUGGACCUGAGAAGCCAUUGAGUGAUUUAGGUUUGUUGUCUUAUCGGGCUUACUGGUUGGAGAUAAUUCUAUCUGAGAUUAGAGAGUCCAAUAAAAUCAAUAUCAAAGAAAUGUCUAACAAGACUCAUAUUUCCGAGGAUGAUAUUAUUGGUACGCUUUUGGCCAACAAGAUGAUAAAAUUUCAUCAGGAUAAUUUAUUGAUAUUGUUAGACUGUAAAUUAAAGAAAAAGUUGGAAAUGGGUAGGAAGCAUCGAAAGUUAUGA